AUGGAAGAAGGAGAAGCCGCAGCAGCUCCGGCUGAGGGCGCUCCAGCUCCAGCAGCGGAGGGUGGGCCCCCAGCUGAAGGUGCACCUCCAGCGGACGGCGCACCCGCAGCGCCAGCAGAAGGGGCCCCCCCAGCGGACGGCGCCCCCGCAGCGCCGGCGGAAGGGGCCCCGGCAGCACCUCCAGCAGAAGGUGCCCCACCUGCGGAAGGUGCCCCUCCGGCAGAGGGCGCCCCACCUGCAGAAGGCGCCCCCGCCGCGCCCCCAGCAGAAGGUGCCCCACCUGCAGAAGGAGCUCCUGCGGAUGCGCCAGCGCCAGAGGCUGCGCCUGCGGAAGCUGCCCCAGAGCCCGCUCCCGCGCCGGAAGCGGCGCCGGCACCUGUCGAAGCAUCCGCCUAAAGCAACUCAGCUAGCAUCCGAUGACAUCAAAUGCAUCAUACACAGUGAUUUUAUCAAAACACGUAUUUAUUACAAGAUAGGAUCUUUUCUACCGUACAGUCCGUACAUCAUUGACAUUUGUAAAUACAUUUUCUAUAAUUAAAUA